AUGACAUCUGUCUCGAAAGGCAUCCCCAGGAUGAUGCGCCCCACGCUCGCUCACAACUACCCCCGCACCGGCUUCCCUCUGGAAGUCUCCUCCCCGCUGGGACAGGGGCGUGUGAACCAGCUGGGAGGGGUGUUCAUCAACGGCCGACCCCUGCCCAACCACAUCCGCCACCAGAUCGUGGAGAUGGCCCACCACGGUGUCCGGCCCUGCGUCAUCUCCCGUCAGCUACGCGUGUCUCACGGCUGCGUGUCCAAGAUCCUGUGCCGGUACCAGGAGACGGGAUCCAUCCGGCCCGGGGCCAUCGGCGGGAGCAAGUCCAAGCAGGGCGCCGCUCCGGAUGGGGAGACACGGAUAGAGGAGUACAAGCGAGACAACCCAGGUAUGUUGAGCUGGGAGAGGAACUUACUGGAGGAGUGCAUGUGUGAGCGGUAGUUAGAGGACCCCUAGGGCUCCAUCAGUCGCAUCGUGCGCUGUAAGUUUGGCGGGAAGCUGGAGGAGGAGGAGGAGGAGGAGGAGGAGGAGGAGGAGGAGGAGGAGGAGGAGGAGGAGGAGGUGGAGAGCAAGGAGCUGGAGGAGAGCGAGCGGCGGGCCAAACACAGCAUCGAGGGGAUCCUGGGUGACAGAUCGAGCCUCUCUGACGACUGCUCGGAGGGGGAGUCGGAGCCCAGCCUGCCCCUGAAGAGGAAGCAGAGGAGGAGCCGCACCACCUUUACGGCGGAGCAGCUAGAUGAGCUGGAGCGUGCCUUCGAGAGAACCCACUACCCCGACAUCUACACCCGUGAGGAGCUGGCCCAGCGCGCCAAGCUGACAGAGGCCCGCGUGCAGGUCUGGUUCAGCAACAGGCGAGCACGCUGGCGUAAGCAGGCAGGAGCCAAUCAGCUCAUGGUGUUUAAUCAGCUGAUCCCAGGGGGGUUCCCGCCCUCAGCCAUGUCCGGGAUCCCCUCGUAUCAGCUGUCUGACAGCCCCUACCCAACCCCGUCACAAGGGUCCGAGCCCCCCCCCAGCACGGUGCACCGUCCCCAGCCGCUGCCCCCCUCCUCGGGGCACCAGGGCUCCGCAGGAGGGCAGGGGGACGGGGCCUACUGCCUGGCCCCCGCACGCCACUCCUUCUCUGGCUACUCGGACAGUUUCGGGGGCCCCCCCAACCCCAUGAACCCCCCGCUGGGGAGCGUACUGCCUCUGCAGGUGAUGGGUCUCCUGAACCCCGGCGGCACACCCCUCCAGCCCCAGAGCGAAUACUCCCUCUCCCCGCCCCCCACCAACUGCAGCCUGGGUAGCGGGUCGGUCUCCACGCCAAGCUCCCAGACCUACUGCCCGGCCUCCUACGGGGCCUACAGCGUGGACCACGUGGCCUCCUACCAGUAUGGCCAGUAUGGACAAGGUGCCCUUCCUUACCUGAGGCCUGAGAUCACCUAAGGACUUGGAGCGGACCUCAUGAGGAACACUCGCGCGUGUGCGUGUGUUUGUGUGCAUGUGCGUGAGUGUGCAUGUGUGUGUGUG